AUGCAAUUUACAACAACCAACAUAAAUCACAGAAUAAAGCAUUUGGAACCGAUUUAUACGAUCUGUUCGGAUGGAUUAGGUUGUACUGUUUCAGGUGGAAUGAAUGGCGAGAUGAAAUAUUGGCAAUCUAAUUCAGAGAAUCAAGCAUCAUUCAAAUUGGUAAAAACAAUCAAAAAGCAUUCAGGUGCAGUUACGACCUGUAAAUUUACGACAGAUGGGAAAUACCUGAUUUCUGGUGGAGAUGAUGGGCGAAUAAUGAUACAUGAAGAUAGAAAGGUUGUUAAAUCAACCAAACCAUCAACCAAUGACAUAAUAGCUUUAGAAACAACCAUGUUAAAAGAGACUUACUGCAUUUACGCCUUGGAUAUUGCCAAUAGAAUACAAGUGUAUCAAUUCACUGAAUUGGUGCCAUUGAAAUUGGUUGAGACGAUUGAAAUAGAUGGAGCUGUUCUAGCCAUAGCAAUAGACAAUAUCAACAUCAAUUCACUGGGUGAUCUGUUUAUACAGACAGAAACAAAGAUACUGAAAUACAAAGGCAUGAAAUUUGAAAAAGAAGUCGCCAUAGAAAAAGGUAUACUCGUGGAGCAUAUGGCUGGUAAGAUGUUUCUAUUUGGACACUACUUAGCCAUUGGUAUACAAUUCAACAAUCGGGAACACACUGUUGAUAUUUACACAAGAGACCUGAAAAGAGUUUACUCACUUGUUGGCCAUAUUGCACCGUGUGAAGUAGUAACAUCCAAAGAAUUCAAUCUAAGGACUACAGAAAAGGUUGUAACCAGUUCCAUUCUGGUUGCAUUUAGCCAAGAUUGCUCAGUUUCAUUUUGGACUACGCUGUCAUGCAAACCAUUUUUGCUACUUAAGAAUUUCAGCAAUGGACCUGCAAUGGAUUAUUAUUGGAAUAAGAACAGUUUAUUCGUGAGUUUCUAUGAUGGAACUGUGAAGCAAAUUGAAUUCACAUCUAAUGAGAUUUCAGGAGAAAAGAUAAUUGAGAGAAGAAUUGAGAGUAUGCCAUUCAGUGUAGCAAGCAGAAACAUGCUAAAGGAACAAAUUAAAACACCUAAAUACACACCAGUACAAAGGAAAAGCACAAAUGUAAUGCAGGUCGAUUUAUCUGCUUUAGGAAAAGAGCAAAAUAAAUCACCAGAGUUAAUGAGCACAGGAAACAAGGAACAAAAGAGAGCUAAACCAGGAAACAAGGUUGAUAUAGGCAGAAUAAAGCAAGUGCAAGCAAAGUUGGAAGAAGUAGAAAACGGUAAUGGAACAGUCCCUGAAAAAAAUGAAGAAAACAAAACCAGCGAGAAAGCACCUGCAAUAAAAAGAAUUAAACCAACACUGAUACGAUCAGAAAGCACACCAAUGACUAACAACAACCUGAAUUAUAGUUGCAACGACACAUCAAUAUCAUUCACAUUUAACAACCCAUCCAUUCACAUUGCACCAACGCGUGAGUUCAUGCAUUCAGUUAAGCUUAAUCAUGAUUUCAUGCUAAACAACAUGUGCAUGAACAUUGAAUACAAAGACAAGGCAAUUGUAGGAUAUAGAGAAUUCAAUGACAGCUUCCUUGAAAUCUACAAAAUACAGCUACAGAGUCCGGUACACAUAAGCUAUUCAAGUGAGCUACUAUUGAUUUAUGAACACAGUUACCUGAAAAUAUACGAUAUCGCAAAUGGUCAACUUCUCCACCCAUUCAUUUGCAAAGAGAUAGCCUACCUGUGCAUUACCCACAACAAUACAAUUUUAUCUGUUGAUUCACGUGGUAAGAUUGAAAUGGUGACACUAAUUGUAAAGAACAAGAAGCUUGUUUUAAACAUGGAAGUCAAUUUACCUAAGCUACAGAAAUUCAAAUCAGUUGAUGUGAUCAUGGGAAAUCCAGAAAGUGGAACUAACAUUCUGUUAGCAACAUAUGAGAAUGAUGAGCACCUUGUUUACUGUGAUAGUCAGUGGCUUGUUCUUGAACCAGCCAAUACCGAACAAAUGGCUAAAUUGGGCCUCUAUAGUUUUGAACACAUGGAGGCUGUGAUCUUAUCCAAUCGACACCUGAUGAAUUUAGUCAAAAACAAUGAUCAAUACAAAAUGAAUGUGCUAAAUACAGCAUAUUUAUAUGUUGGUAAAAUGAAUACCAUCACAAUGGAGAAUGAAGCAAGGUGCAGAUGGAUUUUGAAUAUUGUAAGAAAUGUAAGCGAUGAAGGAAUGUCUGAACUCAGAAAAAUCAUCAAUAACAAGGACGGUGGACCAAAAUUGAUCUUCAAAAUGGAUCAGUAG